UUGGCUACACGACUCUCUUUGUAUAAGACAAACCUUAAGCGUCAAAUUCUGAAGCUUCUCUCAAACAAGCGAUGUUGUCAACAACCUCUGGUUAUGUUCCCGAGAAUACAACAGAUCCGUGGUUUGAACCGUGUAGCAGGGAUGGCGAUAACAGCCUGGGAGCACAUCUGUCUUUCCUCUACUAUUUCAUGUUUGUGUUCAGCGUUGUCACCAACGUGCUGGUUCUGGUUAUCAUCCAUUGGUUCGAUAAGAUGAACACUGUGGUCAACAUCAUGCUGAUGAACCUCGUGGUGUCCUCUCUUAUCUUCAUGAGCAGCCUUCCCUUUUUGGGCAUUUACAUGCAGGUCUCUAACUGGAUUUUUGGCUCAGUUAUGUGCAAGGUCAUCUUCAGUGUCUACUAUCUGGGGUUUUACAGUUCGGUCUUCUUUUUAACUUUGCUGACGUUUGACCGUUACCUUGCUAUUGUGUAUUUAAUGCCUGCAAUACAUAUAAGAAGUCGACACAAUGCUAUCAUAGCUUGUACAGUGGUGUGGGUGAUCAGUGGUUUAGCUUGCAUCCGGCCGAUGCUCCUCCACAAUACACACAUGUUUCUGGGCACAGAGUACUGUGAGAUGUAUUUUAGGGACCUCCCUAAUAUUGAUGUAAAGAUGCUCAAAAAAUCUGGAUUUUAUAUUCAGCUUUUUGUUUUCUUGAUCCUCCCUCUUGCAGUGAAUAUAUUUUGUUACAUUAGGAUUGCAAUCACUGCUAUAUCAACCAAUGUGGCUUCUAAAAACAAGGCAUUCAGGGUGAUUUUCUUUAUUGUAGUGCUGUUUUUUAUUUCCUGGAUACCUUUUAACAUUGUUGAACUCCUGAACGAAGAACCCAAAGACUGUAAGGAAGAACAGAGGCUCGGUUAUGCUCUUCAUGUCACCCGUAACAUGGCAUACUUUUACUUCUGUGUAAGUCCCAUCUUUUAUACAUUUGUGGGGAAAAGAUUCCAGGACUAUUUCAAACAGCUGCUGCUGAAGUGUUUCCCAAGCUUAAGGAAGCACAUUUCUAUCAAUGCAGUAAACAAAACAACAAUGUUCACAGCAGGAACGGAACUUAGCGUUAGAUAUUGAGGUUCUCUUAAAGACUCAGAAGAAUGCUCUGUGAGUUUUCUCUUGUUUCCACUGAUGAGAGAGAAGCCAAAUACAGUGCCGUGCAAAAUAAUUUAUAUCCCUUGAACCUAAUCCAUUUUUUUCAUGUUACAACCACAAACUUCAAUCUAAUCUAAUGUAUGUUCUGUGUAUAGAAAUAAAUAUUUAUCAGCUUGGGAAAACCCAUAUAUUGAUGUCAUAGCGUUAUAAACGUCCAAUUAAUUGGCAACAUCUGACUUACAUGGAGGCAACCUUGUGGACUUUAGUACCAUAUUAGUUUAUUGGUAUGAUCCUUGGAUGUUAGGUUUUGGUUCUCAUUUGUGUUAGUUUCUAUUAUUCUUAGUUUCCAUUUUUCACCUGUUGGAUAUUAUGUUUCCUAUUCUUGUCAUAAUCUGUGUCUCCCUGUGUUCAACUUUCUGUGUAUUCUAGUUUAUUCCCCUUCGACAAUUAUUUAUUUUCCUCUUGUUUUAAUGUUUCUGUGUAAUUCUGUUCCAAUCCACUCGUGUUAAUCAGUCUUAUCCACAUAUCCCCCUGAUUACUUACACCUGCAUUUAAUGCACAUCUCCACUCAUCCCUCAGUAUUUAGGCUUAGCUGUUGUCAUUGUUCCCCACCCAGAUCCUCCCAUUAGUUUCCAUGUUGCUGUGCCUGUAAUACUGCUUGUGUUCUUUGGCCUUUUCUCACAGUCUUGUUCUACCUGUUCUCCCCUGUA